AAUGUGGUAUAUUUGUUUGCAAAUCUCUGCGCAAGCUUGCAUAGAGAGGUGCAAAUAGUAACUAUCCAUAUAUGUCUUGUUUCGGCCCGACCCAUUAUUGGAGAGUCAAGGAAGAAGCAUCCAUAACAGAUUAACAGUAAUACAACACUUUCUGCUUUCGAUCUGAACUCUUCGUUUCGCAACAAUGGCAGAAACCCGAAGAACUUCAUCAUCUUCAACAACCGUUCUCGAUAGUUUAGGCGAAGAAAUCGUUAGAAUUAUCACUCCUGUUUCAAUCUGCAUGUUCCUCGUUGUAAUCCUAGUCUCAAUUCUCAACACAAACGAUUCUCCAACAAUCUCCACCAUAGCCAACAUAGCAUACGACGAAACAACAUCAGAUUCUUCCUGGGACAAAUUCCUCGGCGCACUUUUAAACUCUCUCUCCUUCGUUGUUGUCGUAACUUUCGCCACUUUCUUCUUAGUCCUUCUUUUCUAUUUCCGAUGUAUCACGUUCUUAAAACUCUACAUGGCUUUUUCUUCCUUUGUUGUAUUAGGUUUUCUUGGAGGUGAAAUUUCGAUUUUUUUGAUUCAACAUUUUAGUGUUCCGGUUGAUUGUAUAACGUUUUUGGUUGUUUUGUGUAAUUUUGCUGUUGUUGGUGUUUGUGCUGUUUUUAUGUCUAAAAUGGCUAUUUUUGUUACACAAGGGUAUUUGGUGGUUAUUGGAAUAUUGGUUGCGUAUUGGUUUACUAUGUUGCCUGAAUGGACAACAUGGGCUAUGCUUGUUGCUAUGGCUUUGUAUGAUCUUGCUGCGGUUUUGUUGCCUGUUGGUCCUUUGAGGCUUUUAGUUGAACUUGCUAUGUCGAGGGAUGAAGAAAUUCCGGCUUUGGUUUAUGAGGCUAGGCCGGUGAGUAAUGAUUGUAUGGAUCCUAGGAUUAUCGAGGCUCGGAGGAGGUUAUGGAGAGAGAGAAGGAUUGAGAGUGCAAUUCUGAUAACUGAGAGUGGAAAUUCAGUGUUGGGUAGUGGUGGACUUAAUGUUGAACAAUCAUCACAUUCCAAUUCAGACGCGAAUACUGUUCUAAGUACAAAUUUAAAUGAGAAUUUGACUCCUGAAAAUGGUUCAAAUUUGAAUUCUAGUAGCACUUAUGGCACACGUAAUUUGGUUAGAGCCGAAGAGGGGCGAGCGAGGGUUCAAGAAAUUGAUUCAGAUCUUGCCACACCCUUGAUUGAUCAUGGUGUGAACGUACGGGUUCCUAGAGGAGAAGAUGCCACGUCAAAUGAGAAUUUGAUGUUGGAAGGAAUUGGGCUGGCUUCGUCCGGUGCAAUCAAGUUGGGGCUGGGCGAUUUUAUCUUCUAUAGUGUUUUGGUUGGCAGAGCUGCAAUGUAUGAUUUUAUGACAGUGUAUGCAUGUUAUCUUGCAAUUAUUGCUGGUCUUGGCGUAACUUUGAUGCUUUUGGCUUUAUAUCAGAAAGCGUUGCCUGCUCUACCUGUGUCAGUAGCACUCGGUGUGUUAUUUUAUUUCUUGACCAGAUUGUUACUUGAAGUAUUUGUGGUACAAUGUUCCUUGAAUCUCUUGAUGUUCUAAAAUUAUAUUGCUUUGGCUCAGUUUUUUGGCUAUAAAGCAUAUUACAUUAUUAUAGCCAAAGGUUUGGGCUUAAAGUUUCGCCUUUUGUUGUAAGUCUCUCUAAACCUGUAAUCUUUUCUUAAACUGCUAGUUGUUUUGUACUCUUUUCUGUUUGUUAACUAGAAAACCCAUAUUUAGGAUCUGUGACCACAAAUAUUUCAUUCCUUCCUAUAAUCCCCGUUUGUAAAGUACCAGUGACGAAUAACCCAGAAUAUACUGUCUUUAGCUAUUGUGUUAUUGUGUACUCUAUCUCCAAAUAUAUAGCAUUGGUAGACCAACUGAUCUUGUAACAUAA